AUGGCAGCAAGACCUCGGCGACUAGGGCAGACAAAAGAUGGAGCAACACCACUGCUGCGAACAGUAGGCGGGAAGCCGCAUGCUCGAGAAGAGGAUCGUGAAGAAAUGCAGAAGAAGAAAAGCACAACUCAAGAGGGGCUCAUCACCGAAGAAUGGGACGAAUUAAACCUCAAUGCUGAUCCUGUAGACCCGGAUGAGGUCUUGAGAGCCCCACCAAAAUCCUCGAAGCCAACACCAGACUCGGACGCACUCAGAAAACCGCCGGGCUCCAAACCCGGGUUGAGAAAGCCCGCGCCGAAGAAGACUCGCCCUUCUGCACCGCGAGUACCUGGGAAAGGACAGUACGAGCAGAGUCGUGCAGUGAAGGAGGACCUCGAUGGAGACAAGGAGAACGCGAACAGCAAGCAAACACCUCCUGUCUCGUCAGCGGAUAUCUGGGGCUUUGGAAUCCACUCCAGCCAAACCUCACAGAAGGGGCCGAAGAAGACGUUUGGGGGUGGAAACAAGACCAAAAACAUACAUGCUGCGCCACCAGCCACGAAGGAAACGAACCGCAGGCUAGCCAAAUCCGGUCCGAAAUCCAACCAGAAGCCAGAGCCAUCGUCAGAGGUCAGGUCAGAGGGAAAUGAGAGGGAUGAUCUGUCUUCCAUGGGCGAGGAAGAGAUAGAUAACUUGCUUGAUUCGUCAGAUCUGGAUUCAGGGGAUGAGAGGCACAGGAGGAUUCCAGAAGAUCCAGAGCUGCGGAAGGUUCCAGCAAAGAAGAAGAAACCCGCUCGGAUCAACGGCGAUGCUUUUGACUCGACCGCCCUUAACGGUCAAGGACUCGACAACUUACUGAAGCCUACGUUACGCGAGCAGCUUGGGCUGACGGACACACAAGACUCGUCUCUGCCACCCUCAAGCGCACCACAAGAAGAUAUGGACAACAUCGACUCGUACGUACGCGAACUGCCCGCCGAAGCAGAAGAAGGCACCGCCUGCCCAAUCUGCAACGAGCCAGUCGACCAAGACUAUUACUGGGACUUCUGGAAAGACCGCAACAAGACCGUCAAGAACCAAGCCGCCUUCUGCCACACCCACAGAAAAUCGACCGCACAGAAAGAGUACCUAGCCGAAGGCUAUCCAGCAAAGGACGGCGUGCCAGCACUCAAUUGGAGCAGGAUCCCAGAACGCAUUAAGAAGCACCGCAUGGUCCUCCACGCCAUUCUCGCAGGCGAGAAGCCCUCCAUCUACCGCACCCGCUACGAACCCCUCGCGCUCACAGGCAAAGCCGCCGCCGUGCCCUCAAAACGCACCGACCUCUCCCCCUCAAAACAAGCCGAACUCGCCUCCUACGCCCUCGAUGACAACACCGUAUACCCAGGCUACUACGGCCCCCGCGGUCGCCGUCUAAUCACCGAAUCCGUCAUGUCCCUCCUCAACACGGAAAUAAAGCGGUCUACCGACCCUGUGGUGCAAACGUCCGGGCCCGCGACGUUUGUACAGGCCGUGCUUGUGCCGGAGGUGAGUGUGCGGCUGAUUAUGGAGGAUUUGAAGGUCGAUUGGGAUGGGGCGGAGGAGGUGAGGGAGAGGACGUUUGAAAUGGGCGUGCUGCUGAAUGAGGAGAUUGAGGAUGAGGUGGUGGUGGAUGAGGAGGAGGGGGAGAAUGAGUAUCAUCAUUAA